CGCCCGACGAAUGCUAAGCGGGUUCGGUUGCCAAGGAGCCCAUCUCAUUGAAUCCCUAAAGUGCCUUCACGAGACGUGUUCUUCUAAAAAUAAUGAUGAAAGGAAAAGAAGGAGCCAUAGCAGCGAUAAAGGAAAAGUCGAAGCAUAAACGUGCAAGCGCCACUUUCCUCCCACCUCAUUCAACUAGCGAUCCCACAGCGAAGGCGGUCUUACGGUAACAAUGUCUCACGAUCAAACCACAAACCCGUCAAUACACCCCGUCAUCCUGUCCAUGGAAGUAGACGAUGACGAUUCUCAUGAAAGUGAAUACCGACUGCAAAUCGGUAACCAGAUUAGAUAUCUUACCAUCUCCCCCGGAACCUUCGACAGAGCCACGCUUUCCUUCCCUCUCCAGUCCCUACCCAACCUCCCCUACGACGAGGAAUGGACCGUAGCCCACAUCUGGAGAGACAAAUCCAGCGGCGCCUUACAAAGUUCCAUCACGAACAGAACCCUAGCCGGCAUCAGCCGUCCAUGGCAUCAAACUCGAAUCAACUGCCUAGAGCUACAGAAGACCGAACAGCUCACAGCAACAGCCUUCGAAGCCCUCUCCCCCCCUUCAAUCCCGCCAACCACCACCCCCAACUCCCCCGCCGCCACCACCGUCAUCGCCAAAAUCGCCCGCUUCGAAUGGGAACUCCCCCGCAUCGAGCAGGAAACAAGAGCAUACCAACUCCUCCAGGGCACCGGCCUAGCCCCGCGCUUCCUCGGCCACGUCCACGAGAACGGACGGAUCAUGGGCUUCCUCGUGGAAAAGCUGCAGGGACGCCCCGCCGCGCUCGCCGAUCUGGGCAUCUGCGAGGCCGCUCUCGCGAAAUUCCAUGAAUUGGGAUUUGUGCAUGGGGAUGUCAAUCGGUAUAACUUUCUCGUCAGCGAGGAAGGAGAGGAGGGCGUGAAACUGCUUGACUUUGAAUACUUUGUCGAGCAUGCGAGCCCUGAGUCGAUGCGCAAGGAGUUUGAGAAUUUACGUGCCGAAUUGGUGAACGAAUCGGGACGCGGUGGGGGUUUCGAUUUCGUGGACGAUAGUGAUUGAUCUUGGGAGGAUUUUCAGGCCAAAAGCUCUUGGAACUGACUAGGAUUUGUAUAUCUUCUCUUUCAUAAGCAGAGUGAAUCUUAAAAGAGGAGACAAUAAUCUAUAUAAC